AUGGAGGUCCUUACAUUCCGUGCGUCGUACGAGACGGAGGCGCACCGAUUGGCGAUCAAAGGUGCGGUGAGUGUGGCGGAGGCGAAGGUGUUAGUUGCGCGAGACCUAGGUUUAGAAAAGGAGUUCGCGCGUACGUUCGACUUGGAGUUGUUGUUAGCUCGAGGUGAGGGUCAGUUGGAGAAGUUGGAGGACGAUGAUGCGUUGAUAAUGCCAGGCUCCGACUUGGUUGUAAAUCGUGUGCUUUGGGGCCAAGUACCGGACGUUGUGCAUGCCAGUUCUAAAGCAGUGGGUACUUGGGUCAAGGGCGAGGAAACGCGUAGCGAAGCGCGGAGUGUCGUGCCUGAAGGACUGCGUUGUGCACGCUGUCGUGGCAUCGCCCGUGGACCCCUUCUAGCUCGCUGCAGCACGCGUUCUUGUUCGAACCGAAGUGUCUGUAAAGUGUGCGCUGAAACCCUCGUCGCUGAAGGCAUCCCCGCGCCCUGUCCCGCCUGCGGAAAUAAGACUGUCACUUCAUUCGUACCCAACCGGGCCCUGGCCGCUAUGGUCGCCCGACUCGAAGCCGACCGUGCCGGUGAUGGGCGCAGCGGCGACGGCCGCACCGCCGCCGCGGACGCCAAGAAGAAAGCCGACCGCGCAGACGCAGCCGCCGAAACCACCGAGAUGUGGCUGCUCUUCGUGCAACCGCAACAACUCUCCGUCGUUCACAAAGAAGGCUACGUCGUACUGCCGUACUCACCCAACUACCCGCUCUGUCAAAAACUCCUCGCCGACCCGCCCGAACUUUGCGUUCUUGCUCGCGGCGGCGGCGGCACCUCCAUUGUCUCACCCGGUACCGCCAAGGUCCACCGUCUCUGGUUCUGCGCCGCCGACGACUCCGUUCCGCCCCCGCCUCUCGAGAACACGCCCUCACUCAAACCACUCGUCGACCUCUGGCUCCGAGAUGUCCCGGUCCCGGUGGCGGGGACAGCCGCCGGAACUGGGACGGGGGGCGGUGCCUUCCUGUUGGUGGAGUUACAGUGGCUGUCACGGUUCAACUGCCUGGUCUUAUUACCGGGUAAGGCGCAGCCAAUUGCGGGCAUUUUAAGCACGAGUGUGUCAGAUGACGCGCCGAUUCCUCUGGCUCCUCAACAGAAGCAGGCGGUGGUGCAGCGUCUGAACAGCGAGGCGCACUUCUCCCGUGCUCCAGGUGCCGCUCCGGCACCCACGGGUCUCGCACAUGUCUUAGCGCGUCUCAGCAAAAACGCCGGCACCGGAGACGAAAAACAACGCGAGGCGAUCGAGCGACUUUGGACGGCCCUCCGGCAAGGGAACGUAUGGAACAAGACGCAAUGGACACGGAUGCUCCGUGUCAACUUCUUUCUACCCUGGGCCGCUACACUACCUCGACUUAACGAACAACAAUUCCGCGCUGUACAACAACUCCAGGCACAAGCACUACAAUCACUCGACGAACGAGGCCUCGCGGGACCACUGAAGGUCGUCGAAGAAUACUGCGGCAAAGCCACUCGCCCCAAGACCACCCCACUCGAUCCCGACUCACGGCCCAAGCUGACUGCGACAGACUCACGACCAGACUCACCGCCAGACUCACGACCAGACUUACGAACAGACUCACGACCAGACUCACGACCAGACUCACGACCAGACUCACGACCAGACUCACGACCAGACUCACGACCAGACUCACGACCAGACUCACGACCAGUCUCACGACCAGACUCACGACCAGACUCACGACCAGACUCACGGCCAGACUCACGGCCAGACUCACGACCAGACUCACGACAGGCCGCACGACCGGAGCUGCGAUCCAAGAACUCGCACACACCCAGGACCUCAUGGGACCCGACCGCGGCUCGUAUGGACCCGACCGCGGCUCAUAUGGACCCGACCGCGGCUCAUAUAGACCCGCCGAUUCCUCCUCCAGACCCGGACCCGCGGCACGCGGGUGUGCGACCACCACCCGGUGGUCGAUCACCAUCUGACGGGCGACCACUACCCGACGGGCGACACACGGGUGUGCGACAAUCGGACACGCGGGUGCCCGACACGCGGGUGCCCGACUCGCGGGUGCCCGAUCCGCGGCUACCCCGCGUGGGUCCGGCCUCACGGCAUUACGAGCCCAGCCGCCCCUCGGAACGCAUCCACACUGGUAGCGCGCCUCCUUCAAGCAGAAUUCCUCCUCCGAGGUUCGCCCGACCCGCCGCUCCUGAACAGACCGAGCUGCUUCCGCCUACCGAACGAAGAUUUAAUACCAGGGGAGCCGUGCCUGACCCGGCGCAGCUUCGGCUGGAGUACGACUCGCGACGCGAGCAGAGACCUGUGCAGAUUUAUGAAUAUGAAUACCGAAACCCGAGGCCGACAGAAUCGCCUCGUCCCGAACCUCCCCGGACUUCAUAUGAGUACAGACCGCAAAGGAAGGAAGCAGGACGGCCGGAGAACAGACCUGACCCUAGACUUGAUGGUAGACCCCCCGGAAGAGCAGAUCCGAGGACCGUGAGCAGGGCUGACCCCAGAGCCGAUUUUAGGUCGGACUACCAACCGGGUCUAAGUCGAAGUGACGGACGAGAAGGUCGUGGAGAGGGUCGUGGAGAAGGUCGCUCAAGGCAAGUUUCCGGACGCGGGCCGGACCAGGUGCCCAUUUUAGCGCGAGAUGAUUUCACUCCACGAGAAGGCUUCACGUCGCGGGCUUCGAAGAAGCACGGUGGCGCGGAGGAGCGCCGUGAAGUGCGGCACAACGCCCGAGGUGCGAACAACGCCCGAGGUGCGAACAAUGAGCAUUACGCGAACAAUGAGCGGUAUGCUAACAAUGAACGUCAUGCCGACGAAGUCAGGGCGCCAGUGUUAUCGCCGGAAGACCUGCUACAGGCUCGGAACGAGGACAGAGGCCUGGACUUACGGCGGACUCACAACAAUGAGCGCCCUGCGACCGAGCGGCCGGAGAGGGAGAAACAGCCACGACGGUCGGAGGACACCCGGACCGAGGAAGGACGGCGCCCAGAACCCUUCCGCCCGAGAGAGGAAAGACGUCCAGAUGGCCCCAGGUCGGAUGAUCGGAAGGUUGACGACAGGAAAGUGGACGACCGGAAAGUUGACGACCGGAGGGUGUACGAUUGGAAAGUUGACGACCGGAGAGAGGACCGAAAAGUGGGCCGGAAGGUGGACGACCAGAGGGACGACCGAAGAGCGGACGAAGAACGGAGGCUGCGGGACAGCAAGCUGGCUGAGGAGCGGCGAGCCGAGAUAAAUGACAGACGGACGGGGGCGGAUGACCGACGUGCGCUUGAAGAGAGUCGAGUGGCGGAGCGCCGAAAACGAUUUGCGCCCGGUGCAGAGCCGCGGCGACGAGUGCAGUUGGAAGAAAAUCCACCGGCUGAAAAGCAGCCUGAGAUUCCAUCAGCCCGGUCCAAUGCUCGCAGCAGGUCGCUGGACAAAAAGGCUCGAGUGGUUGAGGACGGGAGCAGCAGAGCAGCUGCAAAGAUAUUCAGCGCCAGCCUACCCAAAUCCAAACGACCUCGCAACACCCUUUUUUCCUAA